GACUGAUUUUCGUUGAAAUCGUACUGUUUAUCUCAGUGAGCCAUAGAAGUACAUGCAGCAAGGAGUAGAUUUUACUCCAGUACGUUCCUUUUCAACGAGAAUUAUUUUGAAAUUAUAAUCUGCACUUAACUUAAAGUUUAGCAGGUUCUGCUCCUUCCUCGAGCUGGGUUGUUUGAUAAGUUACAUAACGAAUUUUUCCAAAUUGAUUAUUUUUCAGCCUCCAUUGGACGUGGAGAGUUCGUGUGAGGAAAGUUUUGGUGUGUUUUCUCCAUUCGAGGACGAUGAAUUCGAAGGCUCGCGAACGAGCUUUUGGGGAGAGUCGAAUGGAGGUGGAGGACGAAACGGCUGGGACAACGUUCAGACAUUGCCUUCUUCUCCGUUUGGCGGGCUCGGAGGCGAUUUUGAUAUGGAACUGGAAUUUUUUCGAAAUGAUGUAAACGAGGACUGCAAAGUUGCUGGGCCUACUUUAGCCGAACUAAACGAUCACCGCUCACUGUCUCCUUUGAUUAAUCCCGAAAUGGAGCGUCUUCAUCGCAUUGCCACUCGCAUGGAAGGCGAUUCUUCCCCUUGGGAUUGCACAACUCGGAAGCCACAGGGCUACAUCGCUUUAGAGCUCACGUCGGACAAGGAUGAAAGAAGGGUUGCUCAAGUUAAACAAGAACCUGUUCUUCUAUUUUGUGAACAUAAUGACAGAUUUGAAAAAUCGUCUUUAGUUUCUAAAGAUGCGGAGAAGAAACGUCCGAGCAAACCAACAUGGACUACGACCCACGAGAUAGCUUCUGCACAUUGCAAUAAUGAGGGUGAGAAAUCAGUGUCCGCGGACGAUCAAAACUCAUCACAGAAAGUUUUAUUGCUUGAUAAACAGUUGGGCAGUGAAGUAAAUAAUCAAAUGCCUAAGUUAGUUUCAGCGGAAAUGAAAGCUCAAUUAUAUUCAGAGGGAACGAAUCUGCGCGAGGAUGUGAGAAUUGUAGCCGAUCGGGACACGAUUGAAGCUGAUCCGGGCAGUCCUGCUGUAGAAUACGAUUCCGCGGAUGAAGACAUGGAUAGUGAUGAAGAUUUUGAUGUAGAGAACCACUCGCAUGGUACAGGAUUAGCCAGAAAUCGGAAAGGUCGUAGGGGAGACCAAGAUGACCUUUCUCCGAAUCCAAAAAAGUUGCUAGAAAUCAGCCGAGAGCUGGAUCGCUUAAACAAAGUUAUAGGUGACUUAAAGCCGAUACAUCAGUUGCCACAGAACGCUCGAAACAAGUCAAGAAAGGAGAAGAACAAGUUGGCAUCAAGGUAACAUAUUAUUUUCAUUUAUGCACGGAGCUAGCUUAUGAAGGAAAAUCAGCUUAAGUUAACCCCCUUGAAUUUUGUUAGCUUGUAAAUGUACAACGUACAAGCAUUAGUCCAUUUCAACGCAAAUCGUCUCUUCAAAACUUGCUACUUAAUUCGAUGUACACAUCGAUCACUGAGUUUGAAUGGACUGAAUUUUGUCGCUUCUUCUUUUCUUCCUUAAGUCGGUUCUGCUUUCACUUACAAAUUCGCCAGACAACAUUUCUUAAUUAAGUGUCUUACAAGGAAAUGGUCUACUUUGAGGUCAGCUGCGCGGAAGUUGUGGAUUAUGAAAGAAUGUCGAAAUCGACUUUUUGGUUUUAGGUUGUUUUUACUGUGGGAUGUGAAAAAUACUUGCAGGCUAUUCUUAUACCGUGAUUGGACUUCGAUCUGUUUAUGUCCUUACAUUUGAAAUUAUUUUGUCUCCUACUGUUAGACGGGGUUUAAAAACUUCACAAUGUCGAAGUUUCUUUUUUGAUAACAGGAUUAAUAUGUCCAUCUGUAGGGUGAAAUCCUACUGGUAUUUAUGUACUAAGCACAUAUUUGUUGGAGGGAUUUUAAAGGGGGAAAAGUUCUCGCUAUUUAUGGUCGAACAUUUACAUAUAAGAUUAUGUGCACGAUGCAUUUCGUCAAGCUUUGUGAGCAAUGUAUGAAAUUUUCUUGACUUUCUGUGCGAAGUGGCAGCAAAGUAAAUUUUUUUCGUUGAACAGAUUGGAAUUCAGCAAAGUGCCUGAACCUGCUGAUUCCUUACAUAGAAUUAGUAGAAUGUAUUUAAAAAAUUCAGGUUUGUGAUUCGAAGUUGAGGGGCGACAAAAUUAAAAAUAAAAAUCAAGAUAGUCAUUUAUUCAGUGUUAUCUGUUGCAAAUAAUGCAGCUGCAGCAGAUAUUAGACUCCACAACACUGGACACAUUUCCCAAAAAAAAAUCACAGCUGAAAUUUUUUUUGAAAACAAAACUCUAUUGUUAACUUGAUAUUAGGCUGCAUUUUCAUAGUUGUAAUAUUACAAGUAAUAUAUCAUGAUUGUAAACAUAAUGUGUUAUUGUUGUGGUCCUGUCACAAAGUUCAAGUAUAUUUGAAUUUGUGGGAAUUUCAAGUAAUGGAAUUUUGUUUAUAUUUAAACAGUAUUCACUUUGGCUGAGAGAUAUAUUUAGACCAGCUGGCAAAAAAGAGUGAGGAUGAAAUUUAAAACCGUCUGCCACUUUUUUAAUACAGAUUAUCUUCACAACAAAGUAAGAUAAAUUUUGCCAAAUGCUCUACUCUGGAGUUCAAAUUUAGGUUUCUGUUGCUUUCUACCUUUAUGAUAUCAUUCUGGUUUGCUACUUACAAUCAGACUGACCUUGUUGUACUUUAGAUUUUUUCCUUUAUUGCAAACUAUGAAAAACAGCAAGGAAUAUAUAGCUUCUUGAUCAUUUUGCCUUGAAAUUCUGACAGAUAGAUGGGAGUGAUUAUUGACAACACUUGAAAUGUUUGGUUAACCAUACUGCAUGUUGUGUUAAGUUUGGUAGCCAAUCAAAUUGUUUAUUUUAAGUCAAUGGUUUACUUGGUAAUACCUGUACAUUAUGUACAAUGUAACAAACCAUGAAUGCUGAACAUAAAACCAGGACUGGUGCUUUUAAUUCCUUCUGGAAAUGUCAUACAACAAUACAGUGUGCUAUAUGUAACAAUACCAACAUGGGCAACAUUUAUAUUGCUUUUGCAGUUGAGGUUGGAAAUGGAUUUUCUCUUCCUUCUGUUUUUUAUUUAUAAUUGAUUCUUUGAAAUGAUGCAGACAGCAUCACUUGUCUUAACGCAUUUUAUAUUACAGUACCUAAGGUAGCCACACUCUGUUCUACAAUAAGGUCACCACAUUUUCAUUUCACUUUUUUAAUGUCCACAUAUGGCAAAGACCUGGUGUUACCAGGGGGUUGCAAAUUGUUGAUUUCAAUAUAGGGUAGUUUCUGGUUGAAGUGUUUAUCAUUUUGGUUGGCUAUAGGAAAAAUUCACAGAUUUUCCAACUGUUUGCCAGCUGAAGAAAUAAAAAAAAUAUUUUUUACAGAUAUUAUUAUGAACUUUGACCAUGGAUGUUUUGAUUUUUCCUCUUUUAUCUCUUUUUUUUUAAUAUUUCAAAUCUUUGCUCUUUUAUAUAUUAUAGAAUUUUUUGUACUCACAUUUUCAGGUAUUUGUCUGGAACAAAUGCAGAACCCAAGAAUUUGAUUUUUAGAAAUGAAGUUAUUGAAAAAAUCGUUAUUAAGGGCCAAAACUGAUAAAUUUAAAGGAUUUUAUGUGCAGUGAAUGUUCCUGACUUAUUGUACACACAAAAGCUUUAACCUGCAGCACUUGACAUAAUUUUAACAAAUAGGCUGUUGUAGCAAUAUGAAUUCACUAUUGAAGUAAAUUCUUGCGAACUUUGUGAACAUAUUUCAAUUUAUAUCUACUGUAGCAAUAACAAUUAUAACCACCCAAUAUGGGCAAAACUGUCAGGUCACAGUAAUACACUUAUUUGUCCAUCACACAAGAAGCAAAAUGAUUGGGAGAAACUCUGUCAAAGGGGCAUGCAACGAAUCAUUAUGAGGAGUAUUAUAAUUACUUUUUGAUUACUAUUAUUAUCUAGAAUAUUGCUGUUAUCAAUACUAUUAUCAUUACUGUUAUCAUUAUUACUGAAAGACUGGGUGGAAUUUCCCUCAAAGCUGGCUAUAUUUAUUUGUUUGACCUACAAUUUGAUCAAGAUACAUUAUUUUGCCUUUUUCUUUGUCACUUUUCACUUAAUGUUGGUUUUUUGGAUCUGUACAGUAGGCCAUAAAUUUGAAAGGAUCAGUAACAAACACUUUUAGUAUGUAGCUGUUUUAUUGUUGAUUUUACUGUGCUUGUUGGUAAUAAAAUAUGGGUUGUUCAUUGUGGCUUUUAAACUAAUUGCAAAUGAAAAUAUGCCUCUUGCAAGAUUUUGUUUCAACAAGCCAUUUUGUUUUACAGUGUCACUCUGUGUUGACAGUCUUGACCUGAAACUCAAUCCUCAACUUUCAAAACCAAGUUUUAGGGAACUGUAUCAACUUAUAUUUCAGCAGUCCACUUUCAUGUAUACUUCUUUACAAGGGCCCAUAACUUUUAGGCAUUUUUAGCUUCAUAGAUACAGUAGCAUCAAAAAGAUAACCACAUGUACUUUUGCAUUUCAUAGGGCUUGCAGAUUGAAGAAGAAAGCUCAGCAUGAAGCAAAUAAAGUUAAGCUGCAGGGUCUGGAAAUGGAACAACGUGAGUUGAAAGUAGUCUCUUUCCUCUAUAGUUGACUGAUAUUAAACAAAGUUUGCCACCAAGCAUGAUAGCCAGUGGUCAAGUAAGAAACACACUUACAUAUAUCUUCGACACUUUCUCUGGAUUUGUAAACAUGAUCUUGAAAAUUUUUCUUGGAAUGGUUGCAGGUCUGUUUUGAAGGUGACUUAUUUGAUAACAAGAUUAUCUCUUUAUUUAUUUUUUAAUUACUUUUUUUUAAAUAUUUUUAAUAACUUUUUAAAAUAACUUUUAAAUUAUCGUUUUAAAACUGAACUGGUGAGCAGCUCUCUGCGAACAGUAAUUGUAAAACUUCUUUAUUCUCCAACGCAUCUCCAUUACAGCUUUAGCUAAAACCAUGGCCCCCAAAAUAUUUUUCUCACCUUGGCCACAGACUUUUCAAAUUUUCCACAACUUCGCCUGUUCAUAAGUUAGGCCAAGCCUUUAUGGUCACUGGCCCCUGUAUGGCUGCUAACUAUGGCUUAUAGAUACAAGCGUGUAGUAUUUACUGGGAAAACUCCCUGAAGAAGUCUACAAUUGUUGGACAAAACACGUCGGAGAGUAAGGAAGUUUUACAACUACUGUUCGCAGAGUGCUACUCCCUAGUUCAGUUUUAAAAAAAAUUAAUUAAAAAAAUUAUUUUAAAAAAUUAAUUAAAAAAUAUUUUAAAAAUAAUUUUAAAAUUUAUUUAAAAAAUUUUUUAAAAAAAUUUUCCCAGAUUCUCAGUACAUUUGUUGUGAAACUAGAGAGAAAAUUUGGUGUUACAUGUAUAUCAAGUUAACCUUCUCUGGAAGAUUAUCUUCUUAUCUGGUCACCUGCUUUUUACAAUAAUUUAUGUAUAUUGAUUAUUGGAUCAGGUAUUGCUAGUAGGUAUUCAAGAGUUACAGGUUAAAUAAACUCAUCCUAGUCAAUGUGCAUAUCUAAGAAUACUGACACAUAAAUAAUAUAGGUAAUGCAAUGUAACAGAUAUUCUAAGGUAUGCCAGUGCUGAUAUAGGUUGUGGAAAGUUAUGUGAAUUGUAAUAAAUUACUUUUUGUAAUCUGAGCUGAUCAGUGAACAUUCUGCUUGAUCCAUCAUAAAUGUUUCAUUAGUUCUACAGAAUUUUAAAGUAGGAAAUAAAGGUAUAUAAAUGAUUGAUGACUUAACUCUUGUUAGGUUUAGUAGAACUGAUGUGUAGCUAGACUGUGGACAUGAUUGUCAUGCAGGUGCCUCUGAAAUCACCUUAGCUAUCAUUUGUAUGAAAAGUUUUAGAGAUUUCAGGAAACUUGAAUGUCAUUUUUGCAGACAUGGAGAAGGAGAAGCCAUACGUCUUGAGAAUUCUUGCUGUGUCUGAGUGUUUUCAUAUUUUGCACAUGAAUAAUAACAUCAUACUCUUGAAGAUUUCUUUAAUACAGUUUAUACAACCUGUUACUGACAAGCUGCAGUAUUCAGGUGUUAUGAAGUAAUCUUGCUACUUACACAGGCCACUCUAGAUGUAAAUGUACAUAUGUGCUUGUGUUUCAUGUCAUUAAAUAUUUGUUGCUCAAGGUGUAGUUGAAUGUAAAGUAAAAGUCUGUGUUCUUGUUUGUUUAGAGCGCCUGACAGAUGUCAUUGACAAGGUGAAGAAAGAAAUCAUAGUAAAAGGCAAUUCUCCGCCUUUGGAUCCAAAGCCAAACUUGAGCGUACAGAUUGAAACUCUUAUCAAGGGCACAUUUGGUAAGUUCUAGGUGUCUGUGUUGCAUUUUGACAAGAUACUUCAAUUACUUGUAUCUUAAAUCUCAAAAACAUACCUGUGCAUUACAGGGUGUGAAAUUAAUUUUUAUUUCUGAUAGCCACUUGGCUCCUAAAUACUUAAAAGUGGUAGCCAAUUCAGAAAAAGUUGGUCGCCAUUUUUAAAGACAAACAAAACCUUUUUUCAAGCUGUCAGCGCUCUGGCUAGACCCUCCAAAAUUAAAUUAGGAAAAAGAUCUUUAAUGUGCUACAAAGUGGGCACUAGGAUGAAUGAUGUUCAAGCUCACCUAAAUCCAAGAUCAAGAUGCAUGUGCUGUAUUUUGGAAACAAACUUAACAAGGAAGUUUGCUGCUGAUUCAUCUUUGCAAAUCUUUUUAAUUCACUAUAUCUCUAGGUAAGGUUAUGAUGAAACAUUCUAGUCACCAAUUUGGCAACCAAUUUUCAGGAUUUGGUCGCCAAAGUGAAAAAUUUAGUCACAUUGGUGCCUGUAAUAGGCACAAUUUCUCGCCCUGCAUAACUACAUGUAGGACAGCCUUAAAGACAAGUUGUGAUACAGGAGCAGUUUGUAGUACUGGCUAGGCAAACAUAUUUGUCUUCAUUUUUGCAAGAUUGCAUCAUUAGCUGUAGAGUUAACCAAUAUUUAUCUUUUUCAAUACUGUAACAGAAAGAGUUUUCUAUUGUAUGUAAGAUAGGGAAUAUUUUUGUCUUUCAUUUCUCACAGGUUGCAAGGUGGGGAACUCUAGAUUUGUUAUGGCACAGCCCCCUCACAUUUCAUCCCAGAAGUUACUACUUUCCCCUAGCCAACUAGUGGCUUGGUUACAUUCAGUCUUGUAGUCUGUUUUUAAAUUGAUUCCUUUGAAUGCUCUGCCAGCUCCCUUUUAAAAAUUAUUUUCUUCUCUGGUUAUUUGUUUUUCUUGCAUGGAGAACAUUCAGAAGAGAACAAUGUUAGUAUCUUUUGUAUGUGAAAUUAGAUCUAUUUUAGCAUAACAAUCAUGAUUCAGUAACUGGUUCUCUUUCUCUACCCAGGGAACCAAGUAAUUGCUGGUCAUACUUCAGAUUUUGUGUAUUCAGUUCUGAAAGCCACAGCAAGGGAGAACCCAUCACUUGGAAAACUGGAGGACCUUUCCCUGUGUUUCUAAACUGAUCUGGGGAUCAGGGAUUAGAGAUGCAUGGAUACUUGAUCCAGGGGUGCAUGGUGAACUGUCUGUUGUUAAUUAGUAGUUAUAGUUGUGUUUUGUUAAGCUUGAAUGGUAUUUACAUUGAUGAGUUACUUCGUAACAGCUUAAAUCAAAUAUCAGGACUCAGUCGUGUUACCUUGAUCAGCAGCCUAUAAUAACACAUACAUAAACUUUCUCUUGUGGUUUGUGCACCAGGUUAAGAAUGCCUUCAUUAUCUUUAGAUGCUCUAAAAUCCAGAAAUGCCUUGAUUUGCAUCCUAUUCUGGUUUUUGCUGUGAAGAGAUAGUGUAAUGUUUGUACAGACACUUCUGCAUUCCACAUUGUCUGUAAUGUGUACUGCAUUGAUUACGGCUUCGUGCUUCUUUUAUUCACUAGCUUUCCUUUUUGGCCAUUGUGUUAAUGGUGUCUUACUGAUGGCAGAGGACACCUUCUUGUGACAAUUUUCAUUCAAAGUCUUGAAAACUUAAUAAUCAGGAAUGGCUUUGAUACUGACAAAGUAGUAAGCUUUAUCAAGAAAGCGUUCUUUUCACUCUUUACAUGUAAAAUAUAAAACAAAGUGAUGAUUUUUUUUGUGAACAAGCACCAGGCAUGCAAUACAUGUUUGGUGUGAUGUUUAGAAUCUAUUCAUAUGGUCAAGGUAAACACUCUAGAAACUUAUUUAAAAAGUUUCUGUUGUAUAAUCAAAGUAUGGGAAGUAUGCUUUGCAUUUGCGAGAAAAGUGCUUGUUUUUUUGGGUACAUAUAAGUGAUUGAAAUAUGUUUUGGGAUUCAGAUAUUAGCUUACUGGUCUAUUUGCAUUAAUUUUUUAGUGCAAAGGAUAGAUCAUUGUUUUGAUUGGUGGAAAAUGGUUGUUGAGUGCUCUGUCAGCAAAUUGUACAUGUACAUGUGUAAUGUGUUUUUUACAUGGUAUGGACUAUGACUGAAAUGCUGUUUAAAUUAUACAUGUACAGCUUUUGAAGGACUAAGUAAUUGUCCAAAGACAAUUUUUUAAAACAAUUAUGAUGACAGUAAAGUAAAUUAAAGUCUAGGAAAGCUGGAGUGCAUCCUUUACACAACCUAACUUGAAAAAAGCAGCUAAUUGAAGGGUGCAUGGAGUUAAGCUUCACUUGACUUUUGAUUCAACAAUGACCUCUCACUGACUUUCACAUUGAAACAUACAACAAUUUGAAAGGAAAAUCAAGCAGUUUAACAGAUGUCACUGUGGGUCUUUUUUCCAUGCACCCUUUCAACCAAUCUUCAACAAAACAAUGAUUUAAAAAUGUAUGUUCCGUCCCUGAGUGUUAUUGGGUAAUAUGUGUAACUCAUAGAUGUUCAGGUGUGCUGGAAUUGUUUAUCAAGUCCACUUGCUAAUUACUUACCAAAGAUAACAUUCUCAAAGAUAGUCCAUGUAGAUGUAGCUGUGCAUGUAUUGCUGAAAAUGGUAUAAAAAUGGAAUCGGCUAUUGGAAAGUAGUUCAAAUUGACAACAGCAGUGUCCAUAAUUGUCAGUUGGCCAAUGUGAGGUACAAGAGUGAAACAAAAUUGUUUAAGUUAGUGUUCCAUGUAAUUUAAGAAGUGGGUAAUAAUUAGAACUGCUCCUCUUGGCUCUUACCGGUAAUUGCAUUGUAGGGUCACACAACGAUUCAUACUUCAACUCCUAAAGGAAACUUAAUGUAACCUUUGCCUUUGUACUUGAUACUUGUUUAAACAAACAGUCAGGUAUCUGGUACAAAAGAGGGUUCUUGAAAGGGUUCAAGACUCAAAUUAUUUCACAGUAGCUUUUUCUACUGCAGGUAUUAUUAGCAUGGCCUCUGAAUAUCAACCACAAAAAAUUUUGGUGCCUGAUUUAUUGAUAUUUUAUCAUACACUUUCUGAAAUAAUAAGAUCCAUUGUAUUGCAUGAAUACAAGGGCUUUGCAGCUAUAGCAUAAUAUUUUAUAUCUGGUAUUUGGUAUUUAAUGUUCUUUUUUAAGUAGAGAUUCACUGCUCCUCAUAGGAGCUGAAAAGACACGAAAGUCUUAUGAUAUAUGAGGGACAGUAGUUGAUUAGGGAUUAUAUUUAUAACAUUGGUUGACAAAGAAAGGUGCCCUUAUCUGAAUGUUUACUGUUAAUGAAACUGACAGUUAAGUAGAGAAGGAAUUUGGGUUCACACAUUCUGGGUUUAGAAGUUUCAAAAAGUAAUAUUGAGGAAGUCGUUUGUUGGUUUCUUUCAUGACUAUACAUAGAAUUUAUCUCAGUUGAGAUGUGACUUCAUUGUAUUGAGGGAUAGACAUUUGAGGGCAUCUUAUCUCCCAUUGUAAAUAAAAUUGGAGUGGAGGAAAUGGAUCAAAACUUUGUUUGUUUAAGGAUUGUGGAGUUCUAUUUGCUAAACGCUUGCUUUGUUUGUGUUUACAACUAUGGUAUUUACAUUGGUAGUCCAAAGAUCUGCAGGCAGACUUGUGUCAUAAUUUCAAUUCUAAGAGUGCACUGGUGUGUUCUAUUCCAGAGUGAUAACAUUUGGAUUUAAUUCUCAAGUAUUGGUGUUGUUUUGCCAUUAAGGGCUAAGGAACACUGAUGUUUCCUUUUGUAUUUGUAUUGUUCUUUUAUAAUGUUUAAAGCAUCUGGAAUUUAAAAAUCAAUUUAAUAUGUAGACUCCUUGGAAAUUCCCAAGUAUUCUAUUUGUAACAUAAGAGGAGCAGUUAUCUUUAUCAUAUUGUAACAUAGAUCUAUGUAUAUACAGUAGGCUAUUUUGUUAUCUGUAUAGUGUAAAUAAACAAUGAGGGUUGACGGAACAGCAUUUUAUAACUUGUAACAUAAACUUACUUGAAUCCUCAUCAAGGAUUCAGCAGAUUGUAUUUUCAUAUUAUUGCGUUUCUUGACAUCGGGGACUUAAUUUAUCCAGCAGAAGGGUGGACUUAAUAAGUUAUGUUGAAUUGUUUGAUUUCUCAAAGCAAUAAAGGUCAGUAGAUCAAAACUGUAAGAGC